GGAGGAGGAGGAGGAAGAGGAAGAAGAGGCGCUGCCCGCCCCCGGCGGGUCAGAGCGGGGAAGUCGCCGCCCGAAGAUGGCCGCCGCGGCGGGGGAUGUGUGCGGCGCCGUAGCGGGGGGCCGCGCCGGGGCUGCGGCGGAGGCGCGGUUCAUCAGCAGCGCCAAGGGCAAAGGCUUGUUCGCCACCAAGAACAUCCGCAAAGGGGAAACCGUCUUCGUGGAGAGGCCGGUGGUGUCAUCCCAGUUCCUCUGGAACGCCCUGUACAACUACCGAGCCUGUGAUCACUGCCUGCGGGCUUUGGAAACGGCGGAGGAAAAUGCCCAGCGGCUGCUAGGAAAGAGCUCCCUGGUGCUGCCUCACCCGGAGCAGUGCAGCAUCCGGAAAGACCUGCACCAGCAGUGUCCCCGAUGCCAGGUGACGUACUGCAGCGCUGAAUGCAGGCAGGCUGCUUUGGAGCAGUACCACCAGGUCCUCUGCCUUGGCCCAUCCCGUGACGACCCCACGCACCCCCUCAACAAGCUGCAGGAGGCAUGGAGAAACAUGCAUUAUCCACCGGAGACUUCCAGCAUCAUGUUGAUGGCCCGGAUGGUCGCCACUGUCAAACAGGCUAAAGACAAGGAGUGGUGGAUCAAAGCCUUCUCCCAGUUCUGCAGUAAGACAGCAAACGAAGAGGAGGAGGUUGUGCACAAGCUGCUGGGGGACAAAUUUAAGGGCCAGCUGGAGCUGCUGCGAUUGCUCUUCACCGAAGCCCUUUACGAUGAACAUCUCAGCAGGUGGUUCACUCCAGAAGGCUUUCGAUCCCUCUUUGCCCUCGUUGGGACCAAUGGUCAAGGCAUAGGAACAAGCUCCCUGAGCCAGUGGGUGCACGCUUGCGAUGCGCUGGAUCUCCCCAUGCUGCAGAGAGAGGAGCUGGACGCCUUCAUCGACCAGCUCUACAAGGACAUCGAGAAGGAGUCAGGAGAGUUCCUCAACUGCGAGGGAUCAGGUCUCUACGUGCUCCAGAGCUGCUGUAACCACAGCUGCAUCCCCAAUGCUGAGACAUCCUUCCCAGAAAACAACUUCCUCCUACACCUGACGGCUCUGGAGGACAUCGAAGCAGGAGAGGAAAUCUGCAUCAGUUAUUUAGACUGCUGUCAGAGGGAGCGGAGCAGACACAGCCGCAACAAGAUACUCAGGGAGAACUACUUGUUUACCUGCUCGUGUCCCAAGUGCCUAGCGCAAGCCGACGAUGCCGACGUGACGUCGGACGAAGAGGAGGAAGGCGAAGGGGAGACGGAUGACGCUGAGCUGGAGGAUGAGAUGACUGACGUUUGAUCCUGGCCCCGGGGCGAGAGGAAGGGGGGCAGGGAUGGGGAAGGGGGAGGGGGGUGGGAUCCUCUGAGAGGCAGCAGCUUUAAUACUUAGAAACAGGGUUGUGUUGUGGGGUCGGGAGGGAGGCCACGUGCCGGCGGAGGGUCUGGCGGAGAGGGGCAGCGGGGGAGCCGGAGGCAGGCCCUGCUCCUGCCUGUCCUUGUUGUGCGUGUGUGUGUGUGUGUGUGUGUAUGUGUGAGGCUGUCCCCAUCCUCCCUGUGAGGACAGACUCCGUCCCCAGAGGUGCUGGCUGGUGCUUGCAGGGGAGGCUGGAGGAGAGCAGGGGCCAGCCAGCCCUUGGGACAUCACGAGGGUGGCUUCGUGGCCACCUCGGAGGCUGCUCCGCCCUGUCUGUGCCGGCCGUGGAUGUGGAGGAGCGUGUCCUUUCCUACCCUGCAGGGAUGAGGGGAACGCGUGUGCGUGUACGUGUGUUUGUGCACAAGGGGUAUUAUUUAAUGUCUAUAUUAGCACUAUCUACACACUAAGGAGCUGGGGUCCUUAUAUAUACUCCAUUCCAUGCCUUGGCUUGGCGAGCAGCAAGGGGCAAAACGAUUUUGCAGGUGGGACUGAGACACCUUACGCGUGUCUCAGAUGCCCGAGGCCAGCGGGAAGAGCAGAGCCGACCCUGGCAGGCGCCUCCCUCCCGCCUCAGCCCCAUCCUUUACACGAUGCAAAGCCCCACGCAGCGACUGCCAGGCUUUUUGGGGGAGUGGGAAAGGCCAGGCUCUGGUGUUGCGUAAGCAAAGUCACCAUCCAAAACCCCAAAGACGUUUCGGGCUUUGCAGAGAGCGAACCGUCCCGCCGGGCCUGUCUGACUGCGAGCUGCUUCGGGAGGACGAUGCACCCAAGCAGGAGCCACCGUGCCCACGGACACAGCGUGGUGCUGGGUGCUUCCCCACACCGAGUGGCCCCCCGCCCCGUGGAGGUGUCACCAGCAGCCGAUCUUUGUCACCCAUCCCACGCUGCCAGCCACCGCUCUCUGCGACGUCCCCGCCUGCGGACCACGCGGCUGGAGGGAGAAGACUCCUCCAAGCAAUGAACAGGCACCAGGUUGGGGAUGCGCCCCGGGUAUUUUCCUCCCCCUCUUGGAUUUUGGGGAGCUGUUUUUCCUGCCGCCGCGUCCUUCGAGCCCGCAGCAGCUGGAUUGUGGGACCGUGGGUGACGCUGUCACCUCUGACACUACCACCACCACCAGCCCUGCACCCUGCUGCUUGUCCCCAGCCAUCCCGGGGCCAUGUCCCCUUCAGUGUUCGUAAUAAACCGAGACUGGUGA